AUGUCAAAACAAGGAAAGAGAAAAAUCACCGUGGAAUUGCCGAAAACUAAAGAUUUGUCCAAUAGACCAAGUGUUUUUGAGCGCCUUGGUACUAAAAAAUCGAGCUCUAGUGGAAAAAAAGUAGCAGAUUACUGUCGACAAUGGGCUCAACAUGGUAGUUGCGCCUAUGGUAAGAGUUGUAAAUUUGCUUCGACACAUACUUUAAUAAGUCCUUCAAAACAAAGAGCAGCAAAUAAGGAUGUUGACCAGAAGCGGCUAAAUAAAGAUGACGCUAAAAACAGAUUGCAUUCAACCGUUGUGGUAAGGACUGGACGAAGUCCUGAUGCAGAGAUAGAUAAUUGGGACCAAAAUGACCUUGAAUAUGCUGACACAGAUGUCCUUGAGAAAAGAAGGCAGCAAUUGCAGCGUGAACUAGAAAUACAACUAAAAAUGGACUCUGGUAAAGACAUGGGUAAAGAAAAGAAAAAAGUUGUAUCAAGUUCAUCAUCAUCGAGAAGUUCUAGUUCCUCUAGUGCAUCAUCAUCAUCAUCUGAUGGCAGCUCGACUUCUUCCUCCUCUAGCAGGGAUGCUAAGAAAAAGGCUAAAAAAGCAAAAUUAAAAAGAAAUUCAAGUUCCUCAUCUGAAGGUGAUGUUCCUGCAAAGAAAAAGUUACUAAAAACAGAUUCUGCAAAAAGGGAUAAAUUAGAAACUAAAAAGGGUGUUGGCAAGAAAGAUGAUAGAUUGUCAAAAAAGUCAGACAGCCAAAAUAAAAAGAAGUCUCUUGCAAAAGCUUUAGUUAAAAAGUCUUUGUCACCACCUAAAAAGUCAGGAGGUACUCCUCCAAUAACAUCGAAGAGUUUAAUAUCUAAAACAUCUUCAAAAAACAUAAAAUCUCCUCGGCGAGAUAGAAACAGAAGUAUAUCACCUUCGCAUUCAACAAGAGAUCGAGAAAAAGAAAGGGAUCGUGGGAAAGAUAAGGAAAAGGAACGUGAUAAAGACAAAGAACGUAGAGCACGUAGCAGAUCAGCGAAAAAAGGAAGAUCAAGAUCGCCACGUCGACAUGGAUCUCACACUAGAGAUAUAAGACGUAAAGAUAGUUCUGAAAGAAGUAGACCUGUAUCUCCAAAAAAACAGACAAGAAGGGAAGGUAGUUCAGAUAGGCAUAAAAAAAGAUCAACAAGUAGAGACCGCGAUCGUCGGAGAUCUACAGAAAGAAAGAAGGAAAAAUAUGAAGAUAAAGAUAGACAUGACAGAAAGGACAGAGGUCGGGAUCGCAAACAAGACAAUAAAAGAGAUGAUAAGCGCAGAGGUCGGGAAAGAGGCCUUGCUAAAGAUAAAGGUUUAGAGAAACCAAAUAAACCCAUGCAGAGAUUACUUCCACGUCCGGAGGAACGACUUGCUGCUCUUGCUGCUAUAUCCAAUAAAGCAGCAGAUAGUGAUAAAAAUUCGAGAAGCACAAAGGAGGCCCAGGAAUCGCACCCUGAAAGGGGGCGCACGAAACAGGAUAGAAUUGAAAGAGAUAGAUCUGUUAAGCGCGAUAGAAUAGAAAGCUUGGAUCGAGAGCAAGGUGACUAUGAUAUUGAACGACAAUACGAACGUGAUCGUAGUAUAGAUCGUUACGACAGAAUGGAUAAUCGUUAUGGUAGCAUUCCUAGAGAUGGGGAAAGGUCACCUGGGUAUAUUCAAGGAAGAGACAGACAUUAUGAUCCGGGAUAUGACAUGCCUGGACCUUCGAGAGGAUAUCCAGAAGAUGACGACAGAUUGUAUAGUGAAACUUUGGCAGAUCGAGCUGGAGAUAUGGGAUAUGAUGAUCGACGUCCUCUUCGUGAUCAUUCUUGGGAAAGACGGUCCGGUUCUUUGGACCGAGAGCGGGGUUACAUGCACCAUAAAGACUGGGAUAAUGAUGAUUAUCGCGGUUCUGGAGACUGGGGUAGAGAUCGUCACUGGCCCAUGCACGAUGCUCAGAUGAAUGAAUGGGGUGAAAAGGACCAGGAUGUAGAGGGAUGGCGUCACCGCGGACAUCCUGGCGCUCACCGCAGCCGUAUGCAUGGUACGAAGGACUACAACCGUGGUAUGAGAAUAGAUCAUGUACGGAACGAAAGUAAACGUAGAGGGGGGCGAACAGAACCAGAAGCAGGAAAAGAUUUACCGGCUCAAGUACCAACCGCUGCACCUACACACGAUGACGCUGAAGUUGACGACAAACCCAUACCAGAUGAUUUAAGCGAGAUUAGCGAUGAUCCCGAUGAUAUUUUGGAGCGCGAUGAUAUGGUUGAUCAAAUUCUUGAAGACGAUAAUCCUAAAGAGAAAUUACGUCAAGAGCAUCAGCAUACCAAACCCGAAUGUAUGGAAAAAGAUAACACACAGGAUACCAAUGGUAUUAGUGAAGACAAGGAGUCUCAGGAUGGUAAAGAUGAAGAUGAUGCUGCUAAUUUAGAUUUUGAAGAAAUCUCAGAUGGAGAAUUAGAGGAGGAAAGAACAAGAACUGGUUUGGGUGAUGCUCUUGGCGUGGACUGGGCAAGUCUCGUAGCUGAUGUGAAUCGUCGCGAACAGAAACCACCAACAGGUGGCGCACGGGAUCGAUGGCGACCCGAACGGGUUUUAUCCCGACUUGGUUUGUCCUUUAACAUGGCCGGGAAAGAUAAAGUACAGAGCAUCUUGCAGAAAAAUGCAGAGUCAAUUGAAAAAGGAAAUAAGGAGGUCGAUGCGAAGCAAGGAAAAGAAAUGUUAAAUGGCAACGACAAAGAUGUACAAACGCCUGAUGUCAAUAGUCUUCACCCUGUUGCUUCUGUUCAGGUGGCCAUCGAUAAGCGGAAACGUCAACGCGAAGUAUUAUUUGGUUUGGGUUGUGAGAUCACUCGUGGGUUAAGUGCGAGGCGCGACCUGGCCCUGCGGCGGUAUUUGUGCAAUCUGCCUGCUGUAGAACGCACCGGGCAAUCAAGAAUCACCCCACAACCUUCAUUAUUCCAAGCUGCACGGGCUUUGUUGCUAGAAGCUCCUGUCAACGGCUGA